UGCGGCUGCGGGCGCCCAGGAGCGCGUUUCUGGCUGGAGUCUCAGAGCAGCUGUAGAAUCGGGGUCCUCCCGCCCAGGAUCGCGCUGUCCCCCUGCACGCGAUUUGAGCCCUCCAUCCCCGACAGUGAACCCAACAGGAAAGGCGAGAAAUGCGCCGGCCAGCGGCCAUCCGCUCUCCCGGCGUUCCCGGGGCCCCGCUUUCCCGCCGCACCGUGUGACUCUGCCGCCCCCUUUGGUCACUAGGGCCUGCGCUUCUCUCCUCCCUUGAGCGCCUCGGCUCCCAGAGCUUGAAGCCCCAGGACCUACGGAGCCAGCCAGCCUUAGCCCCCAUUUGUGCAGCCAUGGAGGCCCUGGGUCCUGGAGGCGACCGCGUCUCCCCGGCCUCUUCCACUCGCAACCUGGACCGGAGGCGGCUGUCCACGCGCACCGACUCGGCCUACAGUUCUUUCUCCGCGGCCUCCAGUGGCCCUGAGCCGCGCACUCGGUCUCCUGGGACCGACCUCCUUCCUUACUUUGACUGGGCCUACGUGCGCGUGGUUUGGGGUGGCCCGGCCCCCGCCCGGCCAGACGCUGUCCCUCGAACAUCCCCGCGGCCCCAGCCAGCGGUCGCUGCACGUACUGGGCUGCACCUGCCCGCCCGCCUGCGGCCCGCUGCCCCCGCGCGGCCCCCCACGGCGCACCCGCGCUCCGCCUCGCUUAGCCACCCGGGCGGGGAGGUGCGGCCGGAGCGCUCUCAGGCUCCCGCGCCUGGAACCGCCGGCCGGGGACGCCUCGCCAACCAGCAGCGGAAGUGGUGCUUCUCGGAGCCAGGAGAGUUGGAUCGCGUGGGUCGGGGCGGUGGGCCGGCGGGGGAUGGCUCGGGUGAGGCCUCCUCCAGCUCUAGCCUCGCCAGGCGCGAGCCGCAGGAGUUGCAGCAUCGGGUGCUGGCUGACUCUCAAGGUCACCAGAUAGGAUGGCUGCCUGAUCCCCAAACCACAGCAGACCUGGACUUCGGGUCCUUGAAGCUCAGCGAUGACUACAGGCCUGCCAGUGGGAGUCCGAGCGCUUCAAGUGAAGUCUUGGGUCCCUGGAGAGGUCCAGGAGGAGCUGUGUCCAUUAUCCAGGCUGUUCCCCAAGGAGCAGAAAACCCCAGACAGUUGUUUCAGACCAGACUCUCCCGGUUCUUGACUCAGAAGGAGACUGCAGCAAUGUGUACUGCAGAGGUCCCCCACAGUAGCCCUUCCGACUGUGAGCAGAGUGUCUCAGAGACCCACAUUGUGUCUGCCCGGCUCCCCUCCCUUCCUGAUGAUGAAGUGUUCCUGGAAGAAUCCGUGAUGGUCAGAAUGGGAUCAUCUCCAGACUCCUGUGCCCCACAGCGACUCCCAACCAGUGUCCAUGCCUCUGACCAGCAAUAUGAAACUGGCUUGGAUCAAGGGGCUAGCCAGGCUACAGUCCCCCAAGAACACACCCUCUAUGAAUGCCCAGGGACCACAGGGGCAGAUGAUUGCUGGCAGGAGGUGAACGGUUCUGUGGGUGUCUCCAAGCCCACACACUGUAGCCCCCCUAGGACUGCAAAUGGUGACAUCCCAACUAUUGACCCCACUGGACUGCUGACAACAGACCCUCCCACAGCUGCAGAGAGUGACCCCCUCAAACCUCUCCCAGCUGAUGCCCUGGGACCUUCAGGCAACAAUACCCGAAGGGCCCCUCACCACACUGUCCUGGCCUGGGGCACUGGCCAGCCUGGUUCCAGGCCAACAUGGCCCACUCAGCACCUUGAGGAGCUGGUUCAGGAGCUGGCCAGACUGGAUCCCUGUCUGAGUGACACUCUUGCCUCCCACCCCAGCCCAGAGCCACCGGUGGGCCUGCUGGAUGGGCUGAUUCCUUUAGCUGAGGUCUGGGCUGCAAUGAAGCCAGCCUGUGGGGAGGCUGGAGAAGAGGCUGCUGGUAUUUCUGAGACAGGGUCCUACCAAUCCAGCUUUAUCCAGCUCCUGCCAACUUCUCAGGAGGAAACAAGACUUGAAAACCCUGCCACCCACCCUGUGCCUGACCCAUCAUGUGGCCAGGGGCUCCCUGCACCAAACAACAGCAUCCAGUCCAAGAAAGUGGAGCUAGCCGGCCUCCUCCAAAAGAUGCUGUGGGACCUUCAGGGCGAGCAGGAGCGGCUGCGGGGGGCGGCCCAAGCGUGGGCUAGGCGCCGGGCAGCCUUGGAGGCUGCAGUGGGCCAGGCCUGUACACCCCGGGAGCUGGAGCGGUUCAGCCGGUUCAUGGCCGACCUAGAGCGCGUGCUUGGCCUGCUUCUGCUGCUGGGCAGCCGCCUGGCCCGCGUGCGCUGCGCCCUGGCCCGGGCGGGCUCGGAUGGCGACCCAGACGAGCGGACCUCUCUGCUGCAGCGGCUCGGACUCUUGCAGCGUCAGCAGGAGGACGCCAAGGAGCUGAAGGAGCAUGUGGCGCGUCGCGAGCGGGCUCUGCGUGAGGUGCUGUCGCGGGCACUGCCGGCAGAGGAGCUGCGCUCUUAUUGUGCCCUGCUAGCCGGCAAGGCCGCCGUCCUGGCCCAGCAGCGCAGCCUGGAUGACCGUGUCCGGCUCCUUCAGGACCAACUGGACGCCGUCAGGAGCAACCUUGGCCAUCGUCCCUUGUCUCCCAGGCCAGUCUGGCCCCCGGGGACCUGUCGGGAUGAAGCUCCCUUCCCUCCAUCCCUUAUCUAGUUACAGGAGUGGAGAGCACCACUCUUGCCUCUCACCUGCAUAAGUGGGGUGAUGCUGGUUUGUUCAGUGCGUUUCCCUUGAGGGGGUGGGGAGGACCCAGACCAGGCCUUCCCAGGAUACUCCUUCCAAGUGUUUUAAUAUGGCCUUACCCAAGUCUUACGGGUUAUUUGGUAAUUUAACUUAUGGAUCUUAAACACUGCAGUAUUUCCCCUUUUUGUGAUGAGAAAGGGGCUGUGUUAGGGUAUAUUGGAGGGAGGGGAGACAACUCAGAGAAGCACUUCAACUUAAGAUGCAAAACAGCUUUUUUUCUCAAUAAAACUUGGUAUGAAAAGC